CCACAAGUCCUCUUCGUCCCCGGCGCCUGGCACAAAGCCGCCUCCUACACCCUGGUAAUCCAGUCCCUCAACGCCCCCGGCUACGAAACGGCAACCACAGAGCUCGCAUCCGUCGGCCCUGUCCCCAGCCCGCAGGCCUGGGCCGACGACGUAUCCAACAUUCAGGCCGCCGCCGCCGCCGUCGCCUCGCUCGCCGGCGCCAGAAAGAAGAUUGUCCUCGUCGCGCACAGCUACGGCUCCCUGCCCGCUGGCGCGGCCAUCAGAGGCAUCCUCGUCCGCGAAAAGGAAAGCCAAGACUGGUGGAUUUCGUGUACAUCAGCGCGUUCGGACUGGCUCCUGCUACGAGUUUGAUAGAUGCGCUCGCCGCCAACAGAUCCGCCGUGGUUCAGAGCCAGCGAGUCCAAACUCGAACUCGGACCCAAGCAUCCUGCCACUGUCUUCUGUAACGAUUCCGAAAAGGACGAGCACGAUCUCGCCGCAUUGCGAAUUUGCAGUUGUUCGGUUAUCAGGCGUGCUUCCAGAAGACGACUGCUUCGUCUACUGCACCAUACAUAACGCUAUCCUAUUACCUAUUCAGCAAGAUAUGGCGGUGGGCUCCGGGGUGCAGUUCAAGACAUGACAGUCGAGGCGAGUCAUAGCCGGUUUUUGUCGAAGCUAGAUGAGGGGGUGGGUGCGAUUGUUGGAGCGGUGGAGGUGUGUAGGGAGGAGGCUGCGCUGCUGAGUGAGAAGACACUAUGUG